CUCUCUCUACAACAAUGAGCAGCGAUCUGAAGUCCAAAUUCCUGCAAGUUUAUGAGGUUCUGAAAUCGGAGCUAAUUCAUGAUCCUUCAUUUGAGUUCGACGACGAUUCUCGUCAGUGGGUCGAACGGAUGCUUGACUACAAUGUACCUGGAGGAAAGUUAAAUAGAGGCCUUUCUGUUGUGGACAGCUACAAGCUUCUAAAAGGAGAAGAACUAACAGAAGAUGAAGUUUUUCUUGCAUGUGCCCUUGGUUGGUGCAUUGAAUGGCUUCAAGCAUAUUUUCUUGUACUUGAUGACAUCAUGGAUGAAUCCCAUACACGCAGAGGUCAACCCUGUUGGUUUAGAUUACCCAAAGUCGGUAUGAUUGCUGUAAAUGAUGGAGUUGUUCUUCGUAACCAUAUUUCCAGAAUCUUAAAGAAACAUUUCAGAUCAAAAACUUAUUAUGUGGAUCUACUCGAUCUGUUCAAUGAGGUGGAAUUCCAAACAGCAUCUGGACAGAUGAUUGAUUUGAUUACUACACUUGUUGGAGAGAAAGAUCUGUCAAAAUAUUCUUUAUCUAUUCACCGCCGGAUUGUUCAGUACAAAACAGCCUAUUACUCGUUUUAUAUUCCUGUUGCAUGUGCACUCCUUAUGUUUGGAGAGAAUCUAGAUGAUCAUGUUCAAGUGAAAGAUGUCCUUGUUGAAAUGGGUACCUAUUUUCAAGUGCAGGAUGAUUACUUGGACUGUUUUGGUGCUCCUGAGGUGAUUGGAAAGAUUGGAACAGACAUCCAAGACUUCAAGUGUUCAUGGUUGGUUGUGAAAGCAUUGGAACUUUCUGACGAGGAGCAGAAGAAACUUCUCAACGAGAACUACGGGAGGAAGGAUCCGGGCAGCGUGGCAAGAGUAAAGGAACUAUACAAUUCUCUCAACCUUCAGGGCGUGUUUGAAGAUUACGAGAAUAAGACUUACGAAAAAUUGGUGAAAUCAAUCGAAACUCACCCAAGCAAACCCGUACAGGCCGUGUUGAAAUCUUUCUUGGCAAAAAUAUACAAGAGACAAAAAUAGGAAUAACUGAUUCCGUUCCAAUGUAAUGUAAUGUUGUUUGUACUUUCUACUUUCUAGUACCUUUCGCUUUGUAUACUUGCAUUCUGAUUUCUGCACAAUAAACUGGUAAUCCAAAAUUGGAGUUGUUUAGGGGGUGUUUGGCUUAUCUUUUUUAUAGGCAAAAGUUUUUUUUGGAAAAGUCACAAAAAGUUAGGUUUUCCUGACUUUUCCAAAAAGUCAGUUUUUCUUAUAUCAAAAAUCCAAAAGUAGGUUUUAAAAUCCUUUUACCAAACAUCUUUUACAUUU